UAUCUAAAGUAGGUAGGGCUCCGUCUGCUUGUGUAUUGACACCGUCAUUAUCUUUAGCUCUGCGCGCACCGCAGACAGUGAGAGAGAGUGCGCCAGGCUAGGGAGAGAGCGGUUGUGACUCAAGCUCUGCGAAUUCAGUUAGUCUACUACAACUAUGAAUGCAUUGUGAGUGGCUCGUGUGGGCAACAGAAGCAGACCUUUAUUUGGCAUUUGUUUCUUUUUUCGUCGCCAAUGCAAAAGGAAAUAUGCAGCGACGACUUACCUUGGUCUUUGUUAGUUUUUGUGUUGGGUUUUGCGCUGGUUCAAGUUUCCCAAGUAAUAUCAAUAUAGGGGGAUUGUUCCCAAACGGCUCCCACGAAUAUGAGGUUUUUCGGUUUGCACUCUCUCAUCACCAGGAUAUCCCCAAACUGGUACCACAAGUGGACAUGGUCGACACAGCAAGCAGCUUUGCUAUGACAUAUGCAUUUUGUUCACAGUUUUCCAAAGGAGUCUAUGCCAUCAUUGGAUUGUAUGACAGGAAGACCAUGAACAUGCUCAUGUCGUUCUGCGGGGCUCUCCACGUCUGCUUUGUGACACCCAGUUUCCCAAUUGAAACCAACAACCAGUUUGUGAUCCAGCUGAGACCGGAGCUUCAGGAGCCCCUCAUUGCCCUGAUUCAUCACUACAAAUGGACCAAGUUUGUCUACAUGUAUAGCUCUCAUUCAGGCCUGACAGUGCUGCAGAAGAUUCUGGAUACAGCAGCAGAGAGGACAUGGCAGGUGACAUCAGUGAACCUGGACAGUGGUAUGGAUCAGGUGGCCUUCCUGAAGGUGGUUCAGGACCUAGAGAAGAAGAAGGAGUACAACAUCAUCCUGGACUGUGAGCUGGAGAGACUCAACUUGAUCCUCAACCUGAUCGCUGCUCAGAAGAAGAACCUAAAAAAUUACCACUACAUAUUGGCAAACCUGGGAUUUUUGGACAUGAACUUCACUGAGUUCCAGAAGAGUGGUGCCAACGUCACCGGGUUCCAACUAAUGAACUACUCAGACGAAAAUGUCAGCAAGGUCAUAGAGGAGUGGGUGGACUUUGACAGCAAAGACCUUAAACUACCCAAGAGAAGACUGAAGUACACAGGAGCCCUCACAUACGACGGAGUGAGCGUCAUGGCAACCGCCUUUCAGAACCUCCGGAAGCAACGUAUUGACAUCUCCCGGCGAGGCAACGCUGGCGAGUGUCUGGCCAACCCACCAGCUCCCUGGGGCCAGGGUAUCGACAUCCAGAGAGCCCUACAGCAGGUUCGAAUUGAGGGCUUGACUGGACAUGUCCAGUUUAACGAGAAAGGCCAUCGGACCAACUACACGGUCAGCGUCAUGGAGCUGAGCCCGAGUGGACCGCUGAAGGUGGGCUACUGGAACGAGAAUGAGAACUAUGUGAACACAGCAGUAUACACACCGGUGGUUGAAGAGUUCUUCGGACUGCAAAACAGGACCUACAUAGUGACCAGUAUCCUUGAAUCUCCAUAUGUGAUGCUGAAGAAAAAUCAUGAGCAGCUGGUGGGGAACGAUAAGUAUGAGGGCUAUUGUGUGGAGCUGGCCGCCGAGAUCGCCAAGCAUGUGGGCUAUACUUAUAAACUGGAGAUCGUAGGGGAUGGAAAGUACGGAGCCAGAGAUGCUGAGUCCAAGAUGUGGAACGGGAUGGUGGGCGAGCUCGUUUAUGGGAAAGCAGAUGUAGCAGUAGCCCCGUUGACCAUCACCCUGGUGAGAGAGGAGGUGAUCGACUUCUCCAAGCCUUUCAUGUCUCUGGGCAUCUCCAUCAUGAUCAAGAAGCCCACCAAGUCAAAACCUGGAGUCUUCUCCUUCCUCGACCCACUGGCCUACGAGAUCUGGAUGUGCAUCGUGUUUGCCUACAUCGGUGUGAGCGUGGUUCUCUUCCUGGUCAGCCGCUUCAGCCCGUACGAGUGGCAGGGGGACGACUCAGAGGGAGAGGAGGGCCAAGAGCAGCAGCAGAGACAGCAGUCGUUCAGUCCCAGGAGAGAGCCAGGACAGUCCCAGUCCCAACCGGGACAAAACCAGGGCCAAGGACAGGGCCAGUCCCAGUCCCAACCGGGCCAAAACCAGGGCCAAGGACAGGGCCAGAGCCAGAGUGAGGGGCACACCAAUGAGUUUGGGAUAUUCAACAGCUUGUGGUUCUCGCUGGGUGCCUUCAUGCAGCAGGGCUGUGACAUCUCGCCAAGGUCCCUCUCUGGUCGCAUUGUAGGGGGAGUGUGGUGGUUCUUCACCCUCAUCAUCAUCUCGUCCUACACGGCCAACCUGGCUGCCUUCCUCACCGUGGAGAGGAUGGUGUCGCCCAUAGAGAGUGCAGAGGACCUGGCCAAGCAGACGGAGAUCGCCUAUGGUACUCUAGACGGAGGCUCCACCAAAGAGUUCUUCAGGAGAUCGAAAAUAGCCGUAUUUGAGAAGAUGUGGUCCUACAUGAAGUCUGCCGACCCGUCAGUGUUCGUGAAGACCACAGACGAGGGCGUGGUGCGGGUCAGGAAGUCCAAAGGGAGGUAUGCCUACCUGCUGGAGUCCACCAUGAACGAGUACAUCGAGCAGAGGAAACCCUGUGACACCAUGAAGGUGGGAGGGAACCUGGACUCCAAGGGUUACGGAGUGGCCACGCCCAAGGGAUCGGCAUUAAGAAUCCCCGUAAACCUAGCGGUGUUGAAACUCAAUGAGCAAGCCAUCUUAGACAAACUGAAAAACAAAUGGUGGUACGAUAAGGGAGAGUGUGGAAGCAAGGACUCCGGAAGAAAGGACAAGACCAGCGCUCUGAGCCUCAGCAAUGUGGCUGGGGUGUUCUACAUCCUGAUUGGAGGGCUGGGGCUGGCCAUGCUCGUGGCUUUGGUCGAGUUCUGUUACAAGUCCAGGAUCGAGUCGAGGAGGAUGAAGCAAAUCAUCGAUGCAGCCAUGCUGAGUUCCACCCUGAGCCGGAUGACCAGGACAGGGAGCGGGGGCGAGAAUGGACGAGUGGUCGCCCAUGACUUCCCCAAAGCGUCACAGACUCUCCCCUGCAUGAGCCAGGCCGCGGGCAUGUGAUGGGGCAGUCCUUCCUCUGCACAGACCCCACCAAAAAAGAGAAAUGGAAAAGAGGAGGGAGGGAGGGGGGAGUGUUGCACUGUGGCUUGACUACUGCCAAUAGGAUUCACUGACUGCUCACUCUGAAGACAGAAACAACAAAGAAAAUGACUUUUGUAAAGAGACGGUUUAUUUGGAUCUUUUCUGCUGCAAUAAAGAUGGCUGUCUUGGACUUUAAUAGACGGCAUACUUUUGUGUAUCAAAAAGAAAGGAAAAGAGAAGUUCUUCCCCAACCCAAUUAAUAGUGACACUUUUUGCACUAUGUCAGUUUUUCUGGUCGACAAUUCAGUUUUUCUUGUCUACUACUAUCAUGAACAGCUACAGUGGAGCCUGAAAUAAUUGAACCCCUUGAUAAAGAUGAGCAAUAAUGUAUAAAAUAAAGAAUUCAAAUAAUAAGCUAUAUUGUAUAUAACAAAAAUAAUGAGGAAAUUAUAAUAUUUUAUACUAAUAUCUUGGAGAAAGAGAUUCUGUUUGAUAAAUUAACUACUUUUUUCCUCAGAAAAGGGAAAAGGGUCAAACCGAUUGACACCCCGAAAGAUUCUUAUAAAUAAAGUAGUCAGAAGUUUAGUAUUUGGUCCCAUAUUCCUAGCAGGCAAUGACUACAUCAAGCUUGUGACUCUACAAACUUGUUGGAU